CAAGAAGCAAUUUUUAAUGAGGUCGACCGACUUUUCUUGGACAAGAAAUUCUGCCCAUUCUCCUACCGUAAAGGUGAUGCACGGAUAAUAACAGGGGAAGAGGAGGGCAUAUAUGGAUGGAUAACUCUUAACUUCCUGGAGGGAAGAUUUUCUCCAAGUGUCAAAAUUGCCACGUUGGGUGCUCUCGAUUUGGGUGGCGCAUCAACACAGAAUGCUUACCGAGUAUCUCAUGUGGGAAAAGGAGUCCCAACAGUUAAAGUGCACCUUGCAGGAAAAGAUUAUCCUCUCUACGUCCACAGCUACCUCGGAUAUGGUUUGGAUCAAGCCACUGCCUCGUACUUUAAGUACCUCGCUAGCAAUUCCAAACGUUUUUUUGUGGUAAGCCCAUGCCAUAACAAACACUACCUCAAGAAGUUACAGAAAACAAAUAAUAGGCAAAUAGUAGUUAUAGGGGCUUACAAUAGGAAGAAGUGCCGAAAUCUUUUAAAAAGAUUGUUAUUUUGUAAAGGAGAUGCUAAACAAUGCCCAUAUGUAGCACAGCCUGAUCUUGAAGGCGACUUUGUGGGAAUGAAUGGUUAUUACUUUGUCAUGAAAGAUAUUGGGGCGAUAGAAAAUCAGGGCCAGGCAGUAUCCUUUCGGAAAUUCAAAAAGGUUUCCAAUAAGCUUUGUAAGCAAUCUUCAAAGUCUUUAGACACUAGUUUAUUCCAAGUAGAAGAUCUUUGCUUUAGAGCAAACUAUCUCUAUGAGCUUUUGAAAGAUGGCUACCACAUCAAUUUUAACACGUUUGACUUGCGUGUUUCUUUAGAAGUGAAUGGCUUUGAUUUGAGCUGGGCUUUAGGAGCAUUGCUUUAUAAYACCAAGAUUCURUAAACUCGUAAGAGUGAACCAUAUGGUUGGUGAUUUAAUCAAAAUAAAUCUGUCAAAAACUAA